AUGCCCGUUGGUACUAUUGGUUCCAGCCCAGGUCCAAUGCUUGCAGGCUCUGGUAGAUUUUCAGUCACAAUUCAUGGAAAAGGGUGGGCGUGCUGCAUUUUGCCCACGGCAGCUCCUUCAGUUGAUGAUUCUCUUACUAUUCUCUCUGACUGCAAAGGUAACCAGGGAAAAGCUUUGGUACUUUCCGACCAACGAGAUACAUGGGAGUCUCAAAUCAGAUCAGCCAUUGCACAUUGA